AUGAAAAAUUAAACCAAUUAAUCUGAGAUUUGCCAAUAUUGCAAUUUGAGUGACUGUGAAUGUUCGGACCAAGAGGAUUGGGACAGUUGUGAUUCACCUAAACCAAAAACACUAUAUUCUUUCAAAGAAAUCAAUCUACAAAACAAAUCAUUAUUAGCUGAAAUCAGAAUCAUUUGCAAGAAUUUGAUCUAUGUGAUUGGUUUAGCACCCAACAUUGCCAAAGAAGAUGUAAUAUCAUAUUUUUAUGUGAGCAAUUGAAAAAAAUGGAAUAUUUCGGUCAAUACGGAUAAAUCUAAAAAUUAAUUGUGAUCCAAAGCAACACCUUCAAUCCCCCCUCUCAUGCUGCUUAUAUAACUUAUCGAAAUGAAUAAGAAGCAUCUUUAGCAAUCUUAGUAAAUAUAAUUAAUAUUUAUUUGUUUUGGCAUGUGAAAAAUUUCCCUUACACGACAGACAAGUAAAGGCCUCCUUCGGAACCACCAAAUAUUGCACAAACUUCUUAAAGGGCCAGCAAUGUAAGAUCAAGGAUUGUGUAUACUUGCAUCAACACCCCAAGGACAAAGACUCUACACAAGUGUUAAAAAAAGUAUGUACAUCUAAUAAUAUUUAGGAAGAAAUGAAUAACUCAAAGUGGUUAUUUUCUUAUUCAUAAAAACUAGCUCAAGCCAACUUCAAAAAGUUUUACACUAAAAUCAAUUACAAAAAUGCCCUAUAAAAAUCAGUGUUUCCAACCACAUAAAAUAUUUUAGAUAAUAUGAUAAAAGAAAGAGUUGUUGAACCCAUUUAACAACAAUAGCAAUAAAUAAAUCUGUAAUGGGAAGAAAUAAAAGAAACUUAAUAAUAAUAAGAAUUCCCAUAACCCAUUUAGUAAAAGCCUAUCGAUAUUGAAAAAAGAGUUGAAGCGGUCAUUCUCAAAAGUAUUUCUAUUGGUUAAUAUCUUAGUGGAUGGAGAAGGCAAUAGAAACUCGAGAUUCAAAUUUACAAAUAGUGAAAAUGUCCCAUAGGAUUAUGAGGCAAUAUAAUAAAUAAAAUAAUAUCUACAAAAAUGA